UGUUACGUACGAUAAGCUGGAGCAGCCCUCGCUCUGCUAGCGGUACAGACGUUGAAUGAACAGAGAGAUAGUUUAGCGCGAAAGUUAUCUGCGGAGUAAAGAUUUGGUUCAGUCGCUUUAAAGCGGUUCCUCAAACAGCAUCUUUUGCAAAUGACAAUUCCGGUGCAAGAUUAUAAUUAAUCGCAGCUAAUGCAGAUCAGCUUUCCAUGCGUGACUGACCCUUUGCAAGUGAUUUUAUUUGUCGCAAUAGCUAUUUGUCUCUUUAAUACUGAGUUUUUGUUUUCAUUUAUGACUUAUUACUUUCACACUUUCACGAAGCUGCGAAACGCUUCCAUAGAAAACGCGCGCAGCGCAUGAAUAAGACGUGGUUAAAAAUGUUAUGGAAUUUUUAUGGACCCGAAACGUCCCCGCAAUGCGUUAUUAUGCUCUAAUUCGCGAAAACAAGAGACCACGAAAGCUGUAUCGCGAUCGACAGUGGAUAGUCGCGAUUUAGUGGAAUAAGAUCUGAAGAUAAAAAUAGUCAUACACUUUGUAGAAUUAUUUCUAAAAUAUAUAUUAUAUCCGCGUGUGGCUGAAAAUAAAUUACCGCGAACAACGGCCUGCGCUCAAGUUAACACCACGAUGGCUGUCUCCGAAAAGACGGAAUUGACUCGAGGGUACAACGGAGCAUCGGGUGAUCCGGAGGACCUUGAAGAACCCGAGGAUUCGGAGGUCGAAGGAAAGGAAUCCAAGGGGGAAAAAAAGGAGCGAGGAAAACGGAAAGCGGGUGUCGUGAAUUCGGUAAAAAGACACUUCUUGAAAGCGGAAACUAUUCGGAAAUUCAAGUCCGUCGCAAGUCACGUGGGGCUACUGUUCACCCUGAUGCUUUACACUGCCAUUGGCGGGGUGGUGUUUCGAGAACUGGAACUUCCGGCAGAGCUGUCCCGGCUUACCAAGCUCCGUUCCACAGUCCAGACACAACGGCGUCACUUGGUCGGUACCAUCACAAACAACACGGACGUUUCGAAUUUGGCCACCUUGGUCAGCCUAGAGUUGGAAGCGUACGAGGCCGUGGUCCAGGAAGCAGCUCAAGCAGGUCUCCUCGUGUCUCUUGCAGCAAGGGAUUCCCUGAAAGGACAUUCCGUGAAUGAAAAUGCCGAGGAUACGUCGAGCCUACCGCUCAUUAGCGACAGAUGGAGCGUUCUCCAGGCAGUAUUUUUCGCCAGUACCGUCCUGACGACGAUUGGAUACGGAAACAUGGUCCCGACGACGUUCGGAGGACGGAUGUUCUGCAUCUUCUUUGCCCUGGUCGGCAUCCCGUUAACCCUAACGGUGAUCGCUGACUGGGGGAAAAUCUUUGCUGGAGCCCUGAGUAACGUCGGGCGGAGGAUCAAGCCCCGAAUUCCAGUGUCCUGGUCCACCUGCAUGCCCACUCACAUGGCCGGCAGGCGGUCCUUAGGAGCGUUCGUGGCUGUGGUUUUCCUCUUCCUCUACCUAUCCUGCGGAGCUGGAAUGUUCAUGCUUUGGGAGGAAGACUGGGGAUUCUUCGAGGGGUUUUACUUCUGCUUCGUCACCAUGACCACCAUCGGUUUUGGCGACCUGGUUCCCAAAAAGCCGAAAUACAUGCUCCUCUGCACGCUGUACAUUUUGGUCGGUUUGGCGCUGACCAGCACGAUCAUAGAGCUGGUGCGACGACAGUAUGCCCAGUCCUGGCGGCAACUUCAGGCCCUUGGAGGGCCCCUGGCCGAGGCUUUGAAGAGGUUGGGGGAACAUGCGGGGGGCGACAUGUCCGCCUUCCAGAAUGAUUUGCGGAAGGUUUUGACCGUGGUGUCGAUGCCGCGGAUGAAACGUGGCGGAGGAAUGGCAGGUGCUGGAGGUGGAUCGGGGACCGACGGCGACAGGAGACAACGAGAGUGGGAAGAAGCCGUCGAGGCUGUAAUCCGCGACAUUACAGCCGCCGUUCCGUCCUCGCCGCAGCCCGACAAGCCGAUUGUUCAAAUCGUCAUCUACGAGUCCAGUGUUUAGAUGAAAAUAUUUAUCUGAUUAACUUCGGUUACCGCAUGCUCACAAUCAGUUUGAAUUUUCUUCUUCCAAGCAAAGUGCGAAUAGCUAUUAGCUGCUCAUUUUUA